AUCACUAACAUCUAUCUAAUGCAACAAACCGUUCUUUCACAGUGUCAAUGCAUAUUUAACUCUCUCUCUCUCUCUCUCUCUCUCUCUCUCUCUUCUUAUUCUUCUUCUUCUUCUCCCUUUCUCUGUCUCAAUAUUCACCACCUUUCAAGCCAUGGAUUCGCACUGGAGCUCUCGCCAAACGUUUGAACGCUACCUUUAUGAUUAUCUUGUCAAAAGAAACAUGCACCACACUGCUGAGGUUUUCAGGAACGAGACUAAUCUUCAUCUGGGUCCCGCUGCUUCUUCCACUGAUGCUGUGGAUGUCCCAGAAGGAUUUUUGCUGGAGUGGUGGUCUCUCAACAAUGAUUUUGAAUACUUCAGACAAAUGCAUUUGCAGGAGAAACGUGGGUUGUUCAGAGGAAUGCAAGGAUGUAAUGCUUUUCCAGAAGUAGGGUCUUCCAUGAAUGUUCGACCAAAGUAUCAAUUUCCUAAUAAUUUUACUCCUGUUAAAGCACUCAACAUAGGAAGCAACUUGAUGCCAUCACGUGUAACUGGUGAAUGGCCAGUAUUUUCCUCAUCUUCUGCACACCACAAAGGUAGUGGUAAACUGCCACAAUGUCUAUUCCCAUUUUCCCAUCAAGAGGCAUUUGGUCAAAUGCAACGACUUUCAUCUUCACAUCAAGACAAGGUGAUGACACCAGUAGAGAAAACAACAGAGGUUUCCAAUGUCAAUAGUUCAGAAGCAAAUUCUGGAUUUAUUGAGGAAACAGAUCCGAUCAUUGAGAAUUUGUUAAAUUCUUUUUGGUUAUUUGAACCUGAUGAACCAAGCCUGUUUGACAAGUCAACAGUAGGACAGAGCAGCACAAAUGCCGAGAGUUUGGUGGAACGUGGAAUUGGAAACACUAGUAUGAAUACAAUUGCUGGUUCACCAUUGGAAGAGGAUGAUAACACAAGUGACACAAGUGAUUCUUCCAGCAGUUUCCAAUUUGUUCUUACUGAUGAAGAUGUUUCAACGGACCCUCAGUUGGAAUCCAAUGCAGAAACAUAAAUCGGUAUCUUCAAGCAUGGAAUGUGAUAUGUUGUCUGCAAUAAUGAAUUCCCUUCUAACACGAAUCUUGUCAACAACCGAGGUAUCAAGGCUAAUUUGUGAUGUACAACUAGCAUGCAGAAAAGUCUUCCGAACUGUUUUGUCAACUAGGAAAGAAAAUGUGCAGCACCUGGAGAUCCUUCAGUUACCAUAAGACCAUUUUUUCUUUUUCUUCCAAUACAAAUGAACAACAAAGGAGACGUUAAAGAUGCUGACUCACUAAGAUUCCUAUUCUGUAAAUCAUCUCAUUUGUAGCCGGUAAGCAUCUCUUUAGAGCUAACACUAUUGUAUCAUAGUGAUUCUUUUUUGUUGACAUCAAACAGGUGUGAUUCCAAGAAAAAAAGAAAAUUCUAGGCUCUAGGAAGGAACAUGCUACAUCAUCACUGUAGACAUACGAGGAGGGAGCAACAUAAAAAAUAUUGACAUUUUUUAGCUGAAGAAAUAGUUCAUACUUAGCUGAAGUAUCAACAACCUGAGCACGUGCACCCACCGAAUCUGUUGGCCUCAGAAAUGUUAUUAUGUGCUGCAACCAAUGAAAGUGCAAGAUACCAAUAUUUGUCCAUGGAAACAUUAGAAUCUGAGUAAACUAUGAACUUCCUAAAGCCUCUACUCCAAGCAAUACUAAUACCAUUGUGAAUAUCCAUAGUUCAUCAUUGGUCAUUUAUAUAUUAAUGACAUUUUUCUGUAUUUCCAUUUGGCUUUAGGCUCUGGUGUGGAUUGAAACUGCAUUUUGCCUUGUUUUUUGAAAGUUUCUUAAUUAAUAACUGGUGUGUUGAGCAGGAGGCAUUGAUAGGUGGCUAGAUAUUUACCAGAAAGCAUGCAAGAGUUGCCACUAACAGUUGCAGUGUUCAACAACCAAGCAUACACCAACUAGAAAUCAGCCAUACGUCAGAAAGUCAUGUGCAUGUUUUUAGUGAAGAAAAUGAUGGAACAUGGUGACACUUGUAGCUUCAGCAGAAAGUCAACUAAAGAAUUACUACACAGGACUAAAUCACAAGUAGUUUUAUUCAGUCAAAGUUGCUCAACUAGUUAUGAGAAGGGUUGUCCCCCAAGUGCAUCAGAGGAAUGCAACUUUCAUCCAUGGAGAAUGGAGAAUGAGAGUUAUCUUAUUAAAUAUUAUAGUAUAAUUUUUGGUGCCAAUUUUGGAUUAUUUAUAGAACAAUUUGCCACUUCUCUCUCUACUUUGGUGAAGCCUGGUUUCCAUUUUAUGCUUCACUUAGGAUGGUACUUUAAUUUAAUUUCGUGAACUUCUGAUUUGUGCAGAUCAAUAUGAUUUUGCUAUUCCUUUUCCAAA